AUUCCCUGCAGAGUCGCUCCAACGUCGUUGUUACCGCCAUCUCUCUCACCCACUUCGAUAACGGCCUCCGAGAGAGAAAGAGUGAGAGCGAGAGAGAGAGAGCUAAUCCCGCUGCGGACUUCGGUAGCUGGUCGUGCUAAGUCGCUCCUUCCCAUCCCCGGACACUCGGCUGAAGAGCUUUCGAGCGAGAGGACGUGUUGUUUAUUUGUGCGUGUGUGCGUGCCCGCGAAGUGUGUGUGUGUCUAUGUGAGAGAGCGAGUGAGGUCUUCGACUGUCUGCCGAGGAAGAUCUUGGUGGCUGCCCGCCUCUACUGCUGCUGCUGCUGUCGCUAAUGGUUCCUGCUUCUUCUUCUGUUGAUUUUCGGAAUCGAAGGCCGGCAGUGAUCCCGACACGUUAAAGAGAAAGUUAUAUUAGAAAAUAAAAAAAAUAGACUUAAAUACAAAACUAUAUAAUACGGGACGAACGCACAUAUAAGAUAUAAAAAUUCCACAAGAAAAAAAGAUAUUGACGGUUUAUCGAAGCUGGUCCUAAAAAUAAACUUAACUGCAGCUACUUGGUACGGAUUGGGGUCAGUCCAGGCGAAACCGGUGCACAAGGAAUAAAAAAAACUAGUUUUUAAACUGAUAUAAACUGAGCUACGGCCGGCUCCUUGCGAACUCUAACCAGUGACACACAGUCGGUAAUUUCAACGCGGCGUCAAGUACCGAUCUCAUUCGACUCCGGCCAAUUGCAAACAUGAAGGCCUUGUUGAUUCUGCCGUUUCUGCUCUUCGGGGCGGCCUCCGCCAAGGGCACCGCCAAGUCCUGCGGCAACAUGCCCUGCCCGAAGGACAUCAAGCCGGUCUGCGGCAGCGACGGCGUCAUCUACUCCAACUCCUGCGACAUGAAGAGGAAGACCUGCGGAAAAGACGUGUACGUCGUCAGCGACGAGCAGUGCCUGAGGGCCACAGGUGCCAACUGCGACCACAAGUGCACCAGCGCUUACGAUCCCGUCUGCGCCUCCGACGGGAGAACCUAUCUCAACAAGUGUAUCUUCCGCGUCGAGCAAUGCAGGUCAGGCGUGUCCUUCUCCCACUACGGCCAGUGCGUCGGUGACAUCCGGAAUAACACCAACUGCCCUACGGACUGCUCCGCAGAUCCGCAGGACGGCCCCAUCUGUGCCUCCGACGGGAACGUCUAUAAUUCCACCUGUGACCUCAAGCACAGGACGUGCGGGCAAAACGUUGUGAAAACGUCCUACAAACACUGCCAGACCACGAAACACUGCCAGGACGUCUGCUUCUUCUCGUUCAAGGCCGUUUGCGGGUCUGACAGUCGCAUCUACAAUAGCAAGUGCCAGAUGAAAGUGAAGAACUGCGGACGCCACAUCUUCGAAACCCCAAUGGUGCACUGCCGCCCACAAGUCCGCACAACGGGCGGGUGCCCCCUGACCUGCACGGGCGUGAAGCUGUCCCCCACCUGCGGCUCCGACGGGAACAUCUACGAUCACGAGUGCGACAUGAGGAGACUCACCUGCGGGUCCGGGAGUGCCGGCUCAGUGACCGAGGUCACCCUGGACAAGUGCCGGAAGAAGUUCGAGACCUGUGAGAUGAUCGUGUGCCCCAGGACCCGCGACCCUGUCUGUGGGACCGACAGCAACACUUACGUGAAUUACUGCCUCCUGCACAAGAGCACUUGCCAGAGAGGCGUCCAGCUGGCCCACUACGGAGAGUGCCCGGACAUGACCCAGACAGACGAGUGCCCCAAGGAAUGCCCAAAACUCGAGGAAGAAUACCCAGUCUGCGGUUCGGACGGCAACGUUUAUAAAUCCGUCUGCGAUAUGAAGCUGAGAACUUGCGGUCAAAAGGUGGUUCCAGUGGCGCUCCACCACUGCCAGGCAACGAAGCACUGCUUCUCCCGAUGCGAGAACGACAACGUCGCCGUCUGCGCUUCCGACAACAAGAUGUACAGGAACGCCUGCGAGAUGAAGGCCAAGAACUGCGGCAAACACGUCUACGAAGUCCCCUUGCAGAAGUGCCUGUCGGGCUUCAACUUCUUCAGCUGCCUGAGGAUCUGCCCCCCGACCUUUGACCCCGUCUGCGGCACGGACGGCAAGACCUACAGCAACGACUGCUUCCUCCAGAUGGAGAACUGUCGCACGCGCAGCCUCGGCAGGAGCCUGGUGACCCGAACCUACCACGGGAAGUGCGGGCAGCCCACCCCCGAAGCCAAGCUCUACAUGUUCAGAUAAAUUCGUCGUCGGCAGUGGCAACGUACGAACUUCCCAAUGAUGAUGAUGAUGAUGAUGAUGAUGAUGAGAUGAGAUUGAUGUUAUGAUGUUUUGAUGAUGAUGAUAAAGCUCAGAUUGCUGGCUAGAAUCUUAACUUACAAUAUAGCUGUCCAUUUCAAUAAUUAUUUUAGCCUUACAUUCACUGAGGUAUCCCACCACAGCCAUUUUGAAAUCUACUUUAAUUUAUCUGGAUAUUAGGCAGAUAAUGUCCAAAUGUUGUCCUAACUAGGUGUAACUAACUGCCUUGAAGUACUUAGAGCAAACAAAAAGAUGUUUACUAAACAAUUAAAAUAGACAAAGGGGCUUCAUUGCUAAUUUUCUGUUUAAAUGCAGGCCAGAAAACAAGAAGACUUGAAAAAAUAUGAUUAGAUUAAAUACAAGAAAAAAAAAUGGCAUAGCUUUUGCACUCAUACAGCCUAGUGAGAUUAAGCAAAAUUUGCUUUCCCAAGCUUUGUAGAAAAAAUAAAUAAUUUUUGCAUAGCUUUUGCAUUCAGGUGGCCAAGGAGGACUAGGCAUGCUUCCUGUUUUACUGUACCCCUGUACACAAGUCACUCUUGUGUUUAUCAUUUAUUGCAAAUCACUUUGAGCCCAAAAUAAUCUGUUUAUUGUUGAAUUCAGGUGCUGUUACUAUUGUUUGUUAAAAGGUUUAGAUUUGUUAAGUAAAACUAGUUUUUUUUUCUAAAUCAACUACUGUUGAAUUUACCGUUCUGUUAUAUAUUCAAUAUGAUGUUUUUGUUUAUUGAUUAUUAAGUUUUUUACAAUUAUUUUACAUGUUAAUUUUGCUGUUAAUCCAAAAACAUAGAUUUUUUUUAUGAAGUGCUGUAGACAGAUAUCGUUGAUUUAAGUAGUUAUAUUGUUAAAUCAUCUAAGUUACUUUAAAAAUAAGUUUCUGGCCAAUCUGCUGUUCUUGAUUUUACAAGUAGUUGUAUUACUUUAGUGAAACGUAGAUAUCCUGUUGCUUUUUUAUUGCUUAGAUAAAGUGUUUUUUUAUACUAUUAUCCAUUUAGCUUUGGAGAUAAUUACUGAACUGUUAAAACUUUAGGCCUCUGUUGCUAAUAGGUGAAGUUGAAUUAAUAUUAACACGUGUUAAUUUGCUAAUAUUUCUAACCUCCAUUUUCUUCCACCCUAUAGAAUUUGUAACUUCGUAAACAAGCAUCAUACAAAAAUGCUUGACCAUAUGUUGAACUCUAUAAAAAAUAUAUAUAACACCUUUUAGAAUCUAUAAACACAGUAGGCCUAUCACAACCUUUGAGGGAUGCCAGUAAACUUGGCACCUAGGCCUAUAAGCAAGUUAAUAGCUAAUUUAUUUAUAUCAAAUCAAUACCUCACUAUUUAAGUAAUUUCAAAAACUCGAUCACUUCACCUAUUAAGAAGACACGUAUCUUAAGCCAAGCACCUGAAUAGGCCUAUAUAACUGUUAUGCUGGAACGGAUGACGUUUGUGUAUUUAUAAACAAUAUUUAUUGGUUAACUUAUUCAUAUAAUCUAAGUACUACCGUCACGAUGACCUGCUGAGUCGGCAUUUUUAAAAAAAUCAUUGUUAGUAACUAUUUUAUUUUUUUUCCUUGUUGACUGAAACAAAAGCGUCCCCUGUGAUAUUUUGUGUAUUCCCGGAGAGUCACGCCGUAAUUUUUUUUUAUUUUCGCAAUUCUCAGCCCUAUACCCUUACUGCAUAGAGCUCAGAAUUGUGAAAUUCAAGCGUGGCUUUUCGUACAUUUCUGUUUUAGUUGCUGAAUGAGUUUCAUACGCGUUCGCAUCCCUUCGGCUGGCUUCGACUUCGGCGAUAUAUAUACCGAGAAACUUAAGUCAAACAUCCCUUUCUAUGUAAUCAUGAAAAUGUAAUUUAACAUGAUGUGAAUGAAAAUUAAAAUGUAAUUAUUUGGCGAUUAAUCAUAUAAUUAAAAAAUAUAUUACUUCGCCACGUAGCAGUCGACCAAGCGAUUCGAACGCGGGUAGCAUUAAUGUUGUUGAUAUUAUUGGAACACUGUUAGGAUUGCUUUGAUGUAAUCGACUAUUCAAUUCAAGAAGCAAAGUCAGUCUGGAUCCCCAGCUGAGAACCAGACAUGGCAUUUAGUGUACCUUAGAAGCAAUGGAUAUUAUUAUUAGUAGUAGUUUGUAAAAAAAAGUGUUUUUUUUUAAUCUUUUUUCAAUAUAAUAAUUUUUCACCA